AUGUCAAAACCAAUUGAGACAUCAGUCGUCAUAGUUGGUGGCAGCAUUGUCGGCCUCGCUAAUGCUCUUUUUCUGGCACAGCGGCGAGUGCCUUUCAUCCUCCUUGAGCGUCACACUGGCAGCGCCAUCCAUCCCCGCGCAAUCGGCUACACUACUAGAACAAUAGAAAUAUUGCGAACUUUAGGCAUAGACAAGGAACUACCUAAGCUUCCACCUGGGGUUGACGGUAAACCAAGACGGGUCAGGGCCAAGACGUUGAAUGGCGAAUGGACGGAAGAAACACACUGGACCAAAACCAAACCGACAGUCCAUGGCGCAAGGCAAGUAGGUCCUCAAGGGAAACCAACAGGAGCGCAAAAAAGGGGCCCUCCUGAUUAUGCUUCGCUUAGUCCAGUUCAAGGCACAGCAAUUGCCCAGGACAAGCUCGAACCCAUUAUUCGCAACAAGGCCUUGGAACUAGGUGCUGAUUUGCGCCUUGGGUUUACAAUGACUGACUGGUCACAAGAUACAAAUGGCGUGUCGGUUACUGCGACUCAGCCUACUGGAGAGACUUCUUCAAUAAAGGCGAAGUACAUGAUCGCCUGUGAUGGCUCAGAAAGCCGCAUUCGCAAUGACCUAGGCAUCGUGACCACCGGCGUCGGCUAUAUGCGCACCCUUCACAGCACACUCUUCCGCUCUCCUAGUAUCGAUCACUACUUGUCCAAAGGCGUUCAUCAGUGGGAAUUAAAGGACGGAGAUUUUGAAGCUUUCCUUGUCACCUACUCCGAUGGUCGCUGGGCGCUGAUGAGCCAGAAUCCUGAACAAGAUACACUUGACAUAGAUGGUCAGAAAGCAUUGAUUCGAAAGGCUGUCGGCGAAGACAUCAGCGAUAUUGAGCUGCUAGCUCAGGGCAACUGGACACUGGGUGGGUCCAUAGCUGAGAAAUUCUCCUCUGGUCGGGUCUUGCUGGCGGGCGACGCCGCGCAUGCCCUUCCUCCGAAUCGUGGAGGCUAUGGCGCCAACACUGGUAUCGCAGACGCGCACAAUCUUGCAUGGAAGCUACAAGCUGUUCUAUCUGGCAAGUCUGAUGUAUCACUACUAGACACGUACGACCAGGAACGGAGGCAGGUUGCGCUAGUCCGACACGAUCAGAUAUUCUCGCGCGAUGACUACAAGCCCUACGUGGUCGGCACGGAGUGGGAGAAGACGCACGCGUCAGUACCUAUCAUUGACGACAUCGCCAUGGAACUGGGCCAGAUCUAUCGUUCUAGUGCCGUUGUUGGUUCCGAAGACAAGUCUCUGCCCGAUGCCCAGACACCUGGGCAGUGGAAGGGUCAGCCAGGGACGAGGGCACCGCACAUCAAGCUCACGCGCGAUGGGACCGAGAUCUCAAGCCUGGACCUACUCUGCCAGGGAUGGGUCAUACUGUCGAAAGAUGAGAGCUGGAAAUCCCGUGCUGCAGCUGUGUCUGAUGUUGACUUUGUGCUCAUCAGUGGAGAUGUUGCAGAAGUAGUUGAUGGAUCCUUUAUUGAUGCUUUCGGUCUAGAAGCAACCGGCGCUGUAUUAGUCAGACCUGAUGGACACAUUGCUGCUCGCUGGAUCACUACAUCAUCAGUGGAUGAGUUUUGUAACAUAUUUCGCAGAGUUACUCAUUCGCAGUGA